UGUAUAUUAUGUUUGUUCUCCGACCUAACGUAUCAUUCCAAAUUUUAACAUCUUAAUGGAAUAGUGAAAAUCACAAUCUUCCAAUGGCGGAGAAUAGUUGCGACAAAUGGAAUGAAAGAAGACAUUUAAAACCAACACCUAGACCGAUCUGCUUAGAGUCAUUAAAUGAAAAAUGUCCAGAUGUCAAAAGUCCCGAAGACAUCCAACGGGAGAAAAACAUUGUCAAAGCUAUUCUCAAGCCUGUGGUGCCAACAAGACGGGUUAUAGACCCAAAAGUUCUGGCCUGUCCCUGGCCUGCCAAAAAACCAAAAUGCUGCAAUCUCCGUGGUGCAGAAAAUGCCGAACAUACAAAUAAUUUUUGUUCACCGAAAUGCGCCCCAUCGAGAGCCCUGCUUCACUUGGAGGAGUGGACGAAACGUCCUCUUCAAAAGCCAGCAUAUAAGCACUGUGUCAAUCUAAACAAUGAACUUUUGGCUGGACGUGCAUUUCCCGUUAAGUUUCGUAUACGUCGAAAUUUGCACAGUUGUAACAUCUGUGGGAAGAAAUCAUAUUUACGUGAUCCAAUUACGGAUAAUACAAAUAUAGUUUUAAUUUCGAACUGUUGUGAUGUUGAGGUUUAUCAACGUUCUUAUAUUGAUAAUUGGCAUCGUGUUCCCGUUUUAUCAAUAACAGGCAAUAAAUCUAUGAAAAAGAAAACAAUUAAGGAUAUAGUUGUAGUUAAAGCCGCCAAAAUUGCACCACCUCCACCACCUCCUCCAGCUCCAUUACCAGAACCGAAAAAACCGGCAGCAAAAGGUAAAGGCAAAAAAGGUAAAAAGAAAUGAAUGAAAUAAAG